ACUUUAUCAGCGCUUGUAUCGCCGUGCGCAAAAUCGCGAAAAUGGGCUGGUUUGGAAGCUGGUCAGGCGCCGGCGACUCCACCAACGACCCAUACAAUAAGCUGGAUCCUCGUCUCCGUGACUUUCUCGACAAGGAAUCACCCUCAAACCAAGCCGAAGGUCCAGCGGAGACUGCUUCCACAUCUGCGCCUAUACCGCAAUCCACGGAUGCAGCGCCAAACACAUACAGAUCACAGUUGGGCUUGAACUCUGCCGGUGUGGGCUUCAAGAACCAGGACACUACCACCGAGCACCGACCCUCGGUACCUACAGAAUCAUUGUUUCAAGAUGGGCGCUAUGCACAUCUUUGGAAGAACUAUCGACCUCAGACAGAGGUAGAAGGAGCAGGCAAGACAGAUCAAGACCGACUCGCGGACGUAAUCUCGGAAUACAAAAAUCGCAAGGCAGAGAUCGGCCGUGCUGCGCUGGAGAAUUGUGUGGAAUACCAGCUGGCUGAGAAAGAUUGCCUGACAAAUGGCUCUCUGUGGAAGAAGAUGAGCAUGUGCCGAGCGGAGGGCAAAGAUUUCAACAGGUGCUACACCAUGCAAGCUCGAUUCCUGUCUGCCCUGGGUUAUCUGUCGGUUCAGCAAAGCGCAGAGGAGGAAGAGAAGAUACAGAUGCAUGCUGAUAAGCUUUAUCACGAGAUGCUCGAGCACGAGCGCGUCCAGCAAGAGGCCGCCAAGCAAGGCAGAGAAGAGGCAGAGCUGCCUUUGCUUAUCGACCCAGACAAAACGAUGAAGGCACUUGGCCCAGACAGUUCAUGGGCUCGGUCAAGACAGCGAGCACUAGAGAUGGGCUUGUCUACAAACCUCAGUUCUUACACCCCGCAGAAGCAAGAUGAAAUCAAGAAACGAAUUGAAGGCCUACCGCCUCGCGAGAAGGAGCUCGAAUUACAGCUCAUUGCUGCCGAAGCUCGCAGUCAAAUGGAGUAUGCUGAACGAAUAGCCGAGAACAUCGAGACGGAGAAGCGACACCGGGAAGAGCGACGAGAACGUGGUAAGGAGACGAUUGGCGACACACUGCGCCGCCUAUGGGGUUCAUAGUGGUACAGUGUGCUUUGCAUCUCGAAAGCGAAGGAAGAAUUGUAAAUUUACCU